AUGAUGGCCACUAGUAUGGGCCCUAACUUCUCGGGGCAUCCGGCUGGGAUGGGACAUCCUGGUGUUGCCGGUCACCCUAUGGGCCCCGGCAUGCCUCCCAACUCUGGUCAGGGUCCAACUGGUGGUAUGCCUCAGCAAUUUGCUGGAGCUCACAUGGGCGUUGGUCCUGGAGGACAGGUAAACCCUGCCUUGAUGGGCGCGAUGCCCCCAGGUGCUAAUCCUCAUGCUCAUGCUUUGCAACACUUGAAUCCCGCUCAACAGCAAAUGUUCCAGCAGCAACAUCAACAGCAGCUGCAGAGCCAGUUCAACAAUCCUAGCGCGAUGGCAGCCAUGCGUCAACAACAAAUGCUCCAACAUCAGCAACAGCAGGCCAGACAGGCUUUCAUGGCUCAGCAAGCUAUGCAAGCCAAUAUGCAAGUCGGGGUGAAUGGGGCUAUACCCAUGGGCAUGCCACUAAGUCAGCUCAAUCCUCAACAGAUUCAGCAACUUAGACAAGCUGGAAGGAUCGGACCUGGUCAACAUCCAGGAGCCCAAGCCUUAAUGGCCCAUCAACUGGCACUCCAGCAGCAGCAGCAGCAACAACAACAGCAACAGCAGCAGCAACAGCAGCAGCAACAGCAACAGCAACAGCAACAACAGCAGCAGGUUGCUCAGAGUCAACCUAUGCCUGGAAACCCGCUUAGUCAAGGGCAGUCCAUGGGCAUGAGUGCUCCGGCACUGGCGGCUCUACAACAACAACAAGCUCAAAUCGGUCAGCCACAGCAAAUUCAACCUGGCCAAGGGCAAGCACAACCUCAAGCUCAGGCGGUUCAACUUGCCCAGCAGCAGCAGCAGCAGCAGCAGCAGCAGUCGCAACAACCCGGCCAGCAAGCUCAGCAGUCCGCUCAGCAGGGAUCUCAAGCUGGCACUCCGGCUCCUAGCGGCCAACACACACCUGCGCAGACACCUGCCCCUCCGACGCCAUCCCAAACGAACCAGCAAGGUAGUCAAAACGGUCCGCAACAAAUGCAAUCGCAGCCCCAGCAGCAGUUGCAUCCCCAGCAGCAGCAACAGCAGCAGCAACAGCAACAGCAACAGCAACAGCAACAACAACAACAACAGCAUCCUCAACAAGCCAGUGGAGCUACGCAGCAGCAGAUGAACGCCGCCGCUGCCGCCGCUGCCGCCCAGCAAUUCGCCAUGUCAAACAGUCUUUUCCAACAGCAGCGAAGAGAGGGUAUGAAGGGGCAGUGUCUUUUAAAGUUGAUGCAAUUCUCCGAGCACUUGAGUGGAUAUCCGGGUGCCAAGGCAAAGGAUGACCUUUCGUACUGGAAUGGCUUCGUGAUGAGGUUCUUUUCUACUCAUGGAGUCUUCCGACAUUCACUUCGUAUCAGCGACGCCGAAGACUCCAUGGACAAGCAAUACGAAAUCGCUUACCCUGCUAUUGCCCGCUACUUCCACACGCAUUUUGGCAGUGGCGUCAAGAGCAUGCAGCUGAUCAUGGACAAAGGACUGACUGACCGACCGUUGGCGGGCGAUUGCCACUGCAUUGAGAACCAACGGGCGAGCCUGGUAUACUGGUUCGAGAGUGGCUCACAUCUCGUCUCUACCGGCUCGUUGCGGGUGCAAUUCGACUCGGAACAGCGCAUGGAAAUCUUUGAGUUCCUCACCACUGGGCAUGAAGAGUACAUCUCAAGAAGGCAGGUCAUCGAUGCCGCAAAGCCCGCCCAUAUGUGGAUGAAGGAAUGGCACAAGGUGAAUUCCCAAGACAGCAAGACGUCACCCGAAAUGUCCAAGAAGAGCAAGUCAAAACAACUCAAGUCGCCACAAACGCAACCGCCCGAGGUGUUGGUAGAUUUGCCAGAUUCUGCCGUGAACAGCAAAGGAGUCACUUCGGCCGUGCACCAGUUUCUCGAGAUUGUCGAGGUCAUGGGCCAAAUGAAUCCUCUGUUUGGGUUUUGCCAUGGAAACCCUGGCAUCGGUCCAUACACGGCCCUGGAGCAGUAUGUCUCGACCUACAUCAACGGAAUGCCUCAGGUCAUCAACGGUCAGCAAAUGCCUCAAGGCGGUCCAAGGACACCAAGUUUCGGCCAGUUUCCAAUAGGAGCCAGCCCUGCGGCGGCGCACAGGAACCUUCCUGCCUCACCUCACAUUGGAAGUCCAGCUCCUGGCCACAUACAGGCGCCGGGCAUGCAGCUGCAAGCCAGUCAGCAAGGCACAAGCUCUAGUGGACCGAGUGCCAACACAUCACCAGCCUCAAACAAGAGGAGAAGACUGUCUACCGUCAAAGUCGAGGACGACGGCUCGGGGGUGGGCACGCCUGCCGGCGGACAAGUAAACGGAGUACAGGGCAGGGGGAAACCGCCAACGCCUCGAAUGCCCAAGCGAGUAAAGGGAAACCCUACAUGA